AUACUCGUUUAUCCACCAACUGGCAAGGGUGCCAUAGAAAUUACGGCGGGCGAUUAUCGCCGUCUUGAACCGGACGAGUAUUUCAACGAUACGCUGAUUGAAUUUGGAAUGAAGCGUGCGUUCCACAGGAUGCAGGAAACGAAUCCGACACUCGCAGAGCAAGUCCACUUAUUUAACUCAUUUUUCUAUGGGAAAUUAAGUUCGAAACUGCCCUCAGACGGCUACCAAAGCGUUCGUAAAUGGACUUCGAAGUUCAACUUCUUCGACAAGAACUACAUUGUAAUUCCCAUCAACGAGAAGUAUGUCCUCGUCAACUCUUCCGGAGACGUCUCAGAGUGCUUACUUGCUGCAGUUUCCACUGGUAUCUUUGCAUCAUCUACAACCCAAAGAAUUCGCUUCCCCCACAAACCCCCCCUCCAAAGCCUGUGGCCACGCCAAAGAAGGUUACUCGUGCUAGUUUGGCUGCACAACAGUCAGAUCAACCCGAAGCAACCCCUCCAGCGCGUCCCAGACCCCGCCCACUCAAGAAGCCCGUCACUGGCCAGGAACAAAUGA